CAAAGCGCAAAACUCAAAACUAAAAGUAGUAAAUGGCUUCAAGUAGCAAAGCAACUAAUGCUCACCAAACCCAUCCCUUAGGGGGAAGCAGCGUCAAAUCCCACCGCGGAGACUCCAUUAUUGCUCAGUACAAUGUUGACGCCCGCCUCCAUGCCGUCUUCGAACAGUCCGGCGAGUCCGGUAAGUCCUUCGACUAUUCUCAAUCCGUUAAAACCAAUAACCAAUUUGUCCCUGAACAGCAAAUCUCUGCAUACUUGUCCAAAAUUCAGAGGGGCGGUUAUAUACAGUCCUUCGGCUGUAUGAUUGCCGUCGACGAGUCCACCUUUCGGGUCGUUGCUUACAGCGAGAACGCCACCGAAAUGCUCGACCUUAAUCCCCAGUCAGUCCCCACCCUCGAGGAACCUCUGACCCUCACGGUUGGUAUUGAUGUCCGUACGCUUUUCACCCCAUCCAGCUCUCCUCUCCUCGAGAAAGCUUUCCGUGCUCGGGAAAUCACGUUAUUAAACCCUCUCUGGAUCCAUUCCAAGAGUUCCAAUAAACCCUUUUACGCCAUCUUGCAUAGAAUUGAUGUGGGGAUUGUAAUUGACUUGGAGCCUGCGAGAACUGGGAACCCAGCUCUGUCGGUUGGUGGUGCUGUGCAUUCGCAAAAGCUCGCCGUCCGAGCCUUCUCUCGUUUGCAGUCACUCCCCGGUAGGGAUAUCAAGCUUCUUUGUGAUGCUGUGGUUGAACACGUGAGGGAGCUCACCGGUUAUGACCGGGUUAUGGUGUAUAAGUUCCAUGAGGAUGAGCAUGGUGAGGUUGUUGCCGAGAGCAAACGACCGGACUUGGAGCCUUAUAUCGGGUUACACUACCCUGCAAUUGACAUACCCCAGGCCUCGAGGUUCUUGUUCAAGCAGAACCGGGUCAGGAUGAUCGUCGACUGCCAUGCCACUCCUGUCCGGGUUAUUCAGGAUGAAGAGCUUUUGCAGCCUCUGUGCUUAGUUGGUUCAACACUUCGGGCCCCGCACGGGUGCCACUCCCAGUACAUGGCCAACAUGGGCUCAAUCGCCUCAUUAGCUUUGGCAAUAAUUAUCAAUGGGAAUGAUGAUGAGGGUAUUUCUGGACGUAACUCUAUGAGACUUUGGGGCCUUGUUAUGUGUCACCACACUUCUGCUCGAUGCAUCCCAUUUCCCCUCCGUUAUGCCUGUGAAUUCCUCAUGCAGGCUUUUGGGCUUCAACUGAACAUAGAAUUGCAGUUAGCAUCUCAAUUGGCAGAGAAACAUGUUUUGCGGACCCAAACUCUUCUGUGUGACAUGCUUCUCCGGAAUUCCCCCACUGGGAUUGUCACCCAGAGCCCCAGCAUCAUGGAUCUUGUCAAGUGUGAUGGAGCUGCACUCUACUACCGAGGGAAGUAUUACCCACUUGGUGUCACCCCUACUGAAGUGCAGAUAAUGGACAUCACCGAGUGGUUGUUGGCUCAUCAUGGAAACUCAACAGGUUUGAGCACAGAUAGCUUAGCUGAUGCCGGAUACCCUGGAGCAGCCUCCCUUGGUGAUGCAGUUUGUGGAAUGGCUGUAGCUUAUAUCACUUCUAAAGAUUUCUUGUUCUGGUUCCGGUCGCAUACUGCCAAAGAAAUUAAGUGGGGAGGAGCAAAGCAUCACCCAAAGGACAAGGAUGAUGGGCAGAGGAUGCACCCGCGCUCUUCAUUUAAGGCGUUCUUAGAAGUGGUUAAGAGCCAUAGUUUGCCAUGGGAGAAUGCUGAGAUGGAUGCAAUUCACUCGUUACAGAUUAUACUGCGAGACUCAUUUAGAGAUGUUGAGGGGAGAAAUUCUAAGGCUGUGGCCAACGCCCAGCUUGGGGAUUUGAAAUCGCAAGUUGUAAAUGAGCUUAACUCAGUUGCUCGAGAGAUGGUUAGGCUGAUAGAGACUGCAACUGCCCCUUUUAUUGCAGUGGAUUCCCAUGGCCGUAUAAAUGGUUGGAAUGCAAAGGUUGCAGAGCUUACAUGUCUUUCAGUUGAGGAAGCCAUGGGGAAGUCACUGGUUCAGGACCUUAUUCAUAAGGAAUCUGAAGAGGUUGCCGACAAGCUGCUAUUUCAUGCUUUAAGAGGUGAAGAAGAUAAAAAUGUAGAAAUAAAGCUCAGGACUUUUGGCUCGCAACACCUUAAAAAGGCUGUCUUUGUAGUUGUCAAUGCCUUCUCUAGCAAGGAUUCCAUGGGUAACAUUGUUGGGGUUUGCUUGGUUGGUCAGGAUGUCACUGGUCAGAAAGCAGUGAUGGACAAAUUCAUUCUCUUGCAAGGUGAUUACAAAGCUAUUGUACAAAGCCCCAAUCCUCUGAUACCACCUAUAUUUGCAUCAGAUGAGAAUACCUGUUGCUUAGAAUGGAAUACAGCCAUGGAAAAGCUCACUGGGUGGGGAAGAGGGGACAUUAUUGGGAAGAUGUUGGCAGGGGAGGUUUUUGGCAAUUGCUGCCGGUUUAAGAGCCCAGAUGCUAUGACUAAAUUUAUGAUUGUGCUGCACAAUGCAAUUGGCGGGCAAGAUACAGACAAGUUUCCGUUUGCCUUCUUUGACCGGCAUGGGAAAUAUGUGCAGGCCCUCUUGACAGCAAAUAAGAGGGUUAAUAUUGAGGGCCAGAUUAUUGGUGCAUUCUGUUUCUUGCAGAUUGCAAGCCCAGAACUGCAACUGGCUCUGGAAGUGCAGAGGCAUCAAGAGAAGAAAUGCUUUGCAAGGAUGAAAGAGUUGACCUACAUCUGCCAGGAAAUAAAGAAUCCUCUGCGUGGGAUACGGUUUGCUAGUUCAAUGUUGGAGACUACAGACUUAACAGAGGAUCAGAAGCAGUUUCUUGAGACAAGUGCUUGCUGUGAGAAACAGAUGCUGAAAAUAAUUACGGAUGUUGACCUGGAAAGCAUUGAAGAUGGUUAUUUGGAGCUUGACAAAGCUGAAUUUCUAGUUGGGAGUGUUAUAAAUGCUGUUGUUAGCCAAGUGAUGAUCCUGCUGAGAAAGAGAGGUUUACAGUUGAUCCGGGACAUUCCAGAGGACAUCCAAACACUGGCUGUUUAUGGUGAUCAAAUAAGAAUUCAGCAAGUCUUGGUUGAUUUCUUGUUGAAUAUGGUGCGGUAUGCGCCAUAUCCAGAAGGUUGGGUAGAAAUUAAAGUUCAUCCUAGUUUGAGGCUGAUCUCAGAUGGAAUAGAGCUUGUGCAUCUUGAGUUCAGGAUUGUGUGCCCAGGGGAAGGCCUUCCUCCACAACUUGUCCAAGAUAUGUUCCAUAGCAGCCAGUGGGUAACCCAUGAAGGCUUGGGCCUGAGCAUGUGCAGGAAGAUUCUAAAGCUAAUGAAUGGUGAACUCCAAUAUAUCAGGGAGUCUGAAAAAUGUUACUUCAUCAUAAUCCUUGAACUUCCCAUGCCUUGGAGAGGUUCCAAUAGGGCUGACUAGUUUCUUCACAUUCUAACUCAAUGGACUUCAGAGAAUUUCUCAUGCAGCCUGCUUUCAUGUUUCUGCAGUUUCCAUGAGUAGGUUGCAUGACCCCUGCUGACAAGGUUUCUGAGUACAAGCUUCCCUUAGCUGAUAGUAUGCAGUAAACAUGCU